UGGAAUGCCCUUCAGGAAGAUGAUCAUUGAUCACUUCAUAUAAGGGGCGGCACGCAAACGACUAUCAGUUGACAAAAUUCUUCUAGCGAACUGUGGCUAGUAUGGACCAUGAUACUUCGUAUCUACCUCUUCUUUGGGUCUCGAUCGGCUCCAUGGAAUCCGGGCGUUGGACUGUAUGGAAGAUUAUCGAUCGGAUGAAAUCACGAAAUGCCAAGUUGAUGUUGCGUUCGCCAGCAGUAGAGCCUAGAACGUACCUUAGGUUUUCAUCCAGUCUUUGGAGUUGGGACAACCUUAUCGUGCAUGCGCGGAAGAGGGGUGGGGGACUACCUACCUACCUUAAGGUAGGUAAGGUAGGAAGGCGUGAUUGAGGCUCGAGGUGUCAGAAGCUGCAUUCAGCUUCAUGAUUCGCCGGAAGCCUCCAGCUUGACGACGUUAGUGAGUAAGUCCAGCUGUCAAGCCCUGGCUGCAUGAGAAACCUACCUGAGCAU